AUGUCAGUUCAAUUGUUUACAUACGAAGAAGUUUCAAAGCACAAUACAAGAAAUGACCUUUACAUGAUUAUAGACAAUAAAGUCUAUGAUGUUACAAAGUUUCUAGACGAACAUCCCGGUGGAGAUGAAAUUUUGAUUGAAGAAGGUGCUAAAGAUGCCACUGGUGCAUUUGAAGAUGUAGGACAUUCACCUGAUGCUCGUGAUAUAUUAAAAAAGUAUUAUAUUGGUGAUGUUGAUCCUAAUGUACGUGUAAACAUCUUUUAUUGA